AUGAAAACCUAAAAUAGGGAAAGAUUUGAAUUUUUUUCAUAAUAAUAAUAGGAAAUUUAGACUGGAUUACCCACUGCAUUAAGUAAAACCGAUAUGGAUUAUGUGAAUAGAUUUAAUACAACUAAUUUACCAUAAUAUUGA